ACAAAAAACACAAAAUAUUUUCAAUCUUGGAUAAUAAUUUUGUAAAAAUGGCAGCAAAACAAGUGAUGAUAUUUGCUCUUGAUGAUAGUGAUCAUAGUUAUUAUGCCCUUGGAUGGACUCUUGAUCAUUUUUUUCCUAAUCCAUCAAAUUCCUAUUUUAAACUUAUAAUUGUUCAUGCAAGACCUAAUCCAACUUCUGUUGUUUCAAUUGCUGGACCAGGUACAAGUGACAUGUUUAAAUUGGUAGAAACAGACCUUAAAAAAGCUGCCCAAAAAACUAUUGACAAAUCUAAAGAAUUAUGCAAGUCCAAAGGGGUGUCAAAUGUUGCAUGUGAAAUUAUUGAAGGUGAUGCUAGGAAUGUUAUUUGUGAGGCUGUUGAAAAGCACCAUGCAUCUAUAUUGGCCAUGGGUAGCCAUGGAUAUGGAGCUUUCAAAAGAGCUGUUUUGGGUAGUGUAAGUGACUACUGCUCUCACCAUGCUCAUUGCUCUGUGAUGAUUGUGAAGAAACCAAAACCAAAAAACUAAUUUUUUUUUUUUUUUGGUUCCUCCAUGAGCUGAUUUUAUUAUUAAUUUAUAUAGAAGUAUAUCCUGAAUUAACUAGUACUAAAAUUAGUACUAGAACUAUAUUUAUUAGUAAAUUGGUGUGUUCAAAUUUUGCAUUCUUUGUAUCAUGAGAGUAAAUUUGUUUUUAAGUUGUUACAAGCAUAGCGAGAGGUUGUAGUGGAAUGGUAAGUGUUAUUUUCAUCUUUAAUUGGAAAUGCCGAAUUUGAAUUUCA